CGCGACUAGUUUUGAUAGUGAUGUUGAAAGAGAUAAGUAGUCCUUUUCGUGGGUAGUGACAAUGGUGUCAUGAAAGAGAAAGGUGAAGCAGAAGUAAAAGGCUGUUAUUUACUCUCCAUGAUUUCUUGUCAUCGUCUACUUGUACUUUGAUGCCAUUCCUCGUUUUUUCAAUUUCGUUCACGAGUUGGAGACACGGCAGUGGUCUUCAUUAACAAGAAUGGUGUGUACGGGUCUUUGUUCAUGGCGUUUUUGUCAGUGGUUGUGCUGAACGACUUACGAAAGUGCGCAUGCUCGUCUUUCGGUGAGGCGGGAGGGUCGUGACCUCUUUGGUCCUUGCUAGGAGGAAGCUCACUAUUGGAGGCAAAGAAUAUAGACGAUGAGCAGUAGUUGCGCCUAGUACUAACAAGGCUGGGAGCACAGCGAGGACGCAUGUAGACAUACACAUACCACGCAACAAGCAUCAAAGUUUGUGUAAGGCUCACAUUCGCAAUUCAUUUCCGCAAGGUUUCUCGUCUUCAGGUUUCUUUGCAUGGAAGCGUGAAGAGAUGAACAGCUUAACAGCGGAAGAUGAAUCACAAUCACUAUCACAGUGAGCUGCUCUAAUUUGUCGGGCUAGUACACAAGAUGAGACCUUGCACGACAGGAGUUCCAUGCCUGUCAGGAGUAGCCGGCGGAAAUGUAGGAGAGGAUGCGGUGGAGGCGCUGCGCCAGCUGGUGAAUAGUCAAAAUGACAACAUCGCGACAUUGGAGCGAAAGCUUGAACAGGUUCAAAGGCGGCUAGAGUUUCGAGAGAAGCACAAUUUGGAGGAGAGCAACCUAAAUUAUGGCUCACGAGAGCAACCUAAAUUACGUCUCGAAAGUGUUUGUGGUUGUUUGGUAAAAGAAGUUGGUUAAGUGUAGCGCUUAAGUUAUUACUUCCCGUCUCACUUCCGAACCGCUUUGCAGUUCUUAUUAGCUUAAAAUCUUGCGUGAGUUAUCACCGUGACGAACAACUGCGUCGACGCCCUUAGGCAGUCUGCACUGGACUUUGUGCGAGAUUUAUUGCGUUGCGUCGGAAUUCAUUCUCACAGCCACGAUAGAUUAUUCAGCUGCUUCAAUUUCCUUCUUGAAGAUGGAGCCUGAGGCUGUGAACGUAGGAGAUGAAUUAUUGCGCAGUCUAACCAAACCAGCAGCAGUUUGAUUCGAUUUUUGAAAAGUUACGACACCGGCCAGAAAUCGAGGAUGUCAACAGGUACACUUGCCUCCUUGGUUUAUGUCUAUGCACUUGGCGAUGACAGAUGCUGUGCUGCUUUGGAUCAUCAACAUCAGCAAAAUGGAGCGCUGCGUGUACACGCUUGGAAACUGAGCAGCUACAGAGCAGAAGCUGCACCAUACGAGUCUACUUAGAUGU